AUGGCUCCAAUAGCCCCCAUGCACGAUUAUUAUGGAAUCCUGGAAAUAAAACCGGAUGCACUUUACGAUGAGAUACGAACUUCGUACCGCCGGCUCGCUAGGUUGCACCAUCCUGAUAAGAAUGUUGGGAGGGGAAGUGAGGAUGCGACUCGAAGGACGCAGAUUAUAAAUCUAGCCUGGGAGGUUCUCGGUGACACCACAAAGAGAAUAGAGUAUGAUAGGAGUAGGCCGAGGAGUGCUACUGAGAAGUAUAACAUGGCGAAAAAUACGCAUACGGCGACACCUGAAACUCCACCAUCACCAAGCUGUCAGCCUCCUCCACCACCCCGAAAUACUGCAGCUGAAGAACAAGCACGUGCCGAGGCCUUGAGUAAAGCCAAGCGACAAGAAUGGCUCGAUUACGAAAAACAACAUGAGCAGAAGACACGCGAAUGCCGAAACACAAUCAAGCUCCUCGAAACCGAAAUUGCAUCCCUCACCAUCAAGAUAGAUGACAACAAAGCGAAGCUUGCAGUAUCGAGCCCACAGGAAUCUCCCAACCUAAAUAUGGACACCAUCAACGCCUCAACCGCCAUCCAAAUCAAGCAAACCUACCUCGAAAAGGAAACCGCACGUCUAAGGCGGCUCAACAACGAACUUCAAUACCGCCUAGCCUGCGAAGAAGCCCGCCUCACACUCGAACAACACCUCGCAAAGCACGCAUGGGCGUCACAAACCCGCGCCGCCCGCGCAACAGCCGAGCACGAAAUGCAAGAACAAGCACGAAGACAGCAAUCUAAGCGGUUCUAG